AUGCAGGCUUUUGCCGACUUUAGCAAUGUGUGCAUCCUUCCAAAUCAAGAGAAGGGAGAGAUGCACUUGAAUGCAUUGGGUCAGAAGCCAAGAGCACAAGAGCUGUGCCGACUGACAACGCCCGAAGCGCUUGGCGACAGGAACCAUCGACGCGCCCAGGGGCCUCAUGCAUCUGAAGGUGCAUUGAAGUCUGCAGCCACAAAAGUGCAAGCGCUGGAGCGUGGCCGAAAGGCCCGGAAGCAGGUGAAGCUGCGACCAUGUCGGCUGUGCGGGCAGCAGUAUGGCAAGCAGUUCAGUCGAUUGGCGUCUGGCACACGCUGUGGCGGGCAGAGGUGGCACUGCUGCUGGUGUGGCUGCUAUCGUUCUUUGUUGGGGGUACGCGCGCCCAACAAGCAGUUGUGCGUGGCCUACACGGCUUUGUUGCUGAUGCAUUUGCCAUGGCCGGAACCGUCGUGGUUUUAUGCCAUUUGGUUCGCUGUGAACUGGCCGACCUUUGGUCCGAAAGGCAAAGCAAAAGCUUCGGCCGCGGAGAAGGAAGCGGCCUUGCGAGCAGAAGUGAUAGAGUUUCAGAGACUGCAUCCAGGGGAGAGGCCGAAGUCGCGUUCAUCCUUAUACGAGAAGCUGCGACGGGCUGGUGCACUGCAUCUACUUGAAGCUAGAGAAGCCGAAACUGAAGAGCAAAGACGCCAACGUUUGAAACAAGAGUUGGAUGCUGCUUUGCGAGCAGGUGUGCUCAAUUUUCUGAAAGACAAGACGAUCUUUGAUGGUUUGCAUAUGCUGGCUGAUCUGUCGGAAGAGUCCUUGCAGAGAUACAGCCCAGAUAUUUUGGCCCAUCGUCGUGUAUUUUUGAUGGAUGUCAUUCUAGCUGUGACGCGAGGUUUGGAACCAGCCGGCAAGUUUGGUAUGACCGCCGUGAGCAGUGAAGAACAAGUGGGCGCAUACCAGCAGUUGGAAGAGUGGCCCUUGCUGACUUUCGAUGAUACGAGACAGUUUCGUGACUCUGUGCGAACAUUUUGUGAUGAGAAAGGUCGAUUUCCUGACAAAGAUGGCGGAGACCCACUGGACAAAGCAUUGCUGAGUGGAAUUGCCAAGGCGGAAGUGCCCGAUUUUGAGACUGGGGCAGGCGCAGAAGCAGAGGAACCGGCCGAGGUUCCCGCAGCGGAGACUUCGGAAGAUGAGUCUGACAUCUUGCAUGUGGAUGCUGGAGUUGAGAUGGCUCAGUCCUCGUCGCUGGCCGUGGCAACUGCGUUGGAACAUUUACCUGGUUUUCCCCGCGCGGAUCUCUUACCGCGGCCUUUGUGCCAAGACACGGAUGGCUCCUUUGUGUACGAACUGGAUGCUUGGUCGCGGGCGACGGCUAGGUCUGCGACCACUUCUUCGGGGAGCACGAAACGGCCCUGGCCGGGAAGACCACAUCCGGAUCGUGAGCAGUUUUGCGAGACGCACAAUUUACGGUUGCACUUUCUCUCACAAGUCGCUCAGCAGUAUUUACUGCGACAGCAUCGCCUACGGGCUUUCGCUGCAGAUGCCGGUGGAGGAGGCGAUUGCUUUUUCUUGUCGGUGGCCGUAUGUCUGCAGCUGUGGCGCGAGCAGUGCGUGACGUUUCCACCGACCUUGCAAGCACUGCUAGCGGACAGACCCUCGCGCCGAGUCCUGGCUCAACGACUGCGGGACAUCAUAGGCCGCGCCGUUCUGCAGUGGUCGCCACGGCGCUUCGUGGACUUUCUGACCACUUGCCUGAUGGAUGAACUUGCUGGUACGUGGUUGGACCAGUGGAAGAUGUCGCAGGUCAUUGCUGGAACGUGUUUCGCUUUUAUGCAAACUGUGAACGAAGUAACCACUAUCACUGAAGAUUCCAGAGGCCAUUUAGUUUUGCAAUGCAAGCAUGGAGAAGAGGUUGGUGUGGUGCGCCACAGCAUCAUGAAUGGCAGUGAUGUUUUGCAGAGCUUACAGAGUGUGAUUGCUCGCCAUGUCAGUGAAGCUGGUAACAAGCAUUGGGCCACGCACUGGGAUGUGGAUGUUUUAGCGAAAGAAUUGAAAAUAUGUUUCUGUAUCGUGGGGAAUGAACCGGUGAGCGCCCCAGUGACAGGUGAAGAUCUCCCAGCGAACUGCUUACAUUCUUACGCAGCAGCAGUGGAAGACCCUGCAGCUUAUGUAUGCUUGUACAACGUUUCGCAUCAGCAUUUUCAAGUCUUGGUCCUGGAUGUAGACAGUGGGUUUCAAAGCGCAUGCCUACCGGCAGAACUUCCGACUUCAUUAGCCGAUGCUUUGCGCAAGCUGCAAAGUUGA